UACAUGCACAUCCUGGACUACGGCGGGGGCGUGAUGCUGUCGAUGCAGGCAGCAAGGCUGAAGGAAGAGGGGGAACAGCACGCGCGCAAGGUGGAACGCCUCGAAGGCAUGGCCAACAAUUUAUUCGUCUCGGCCUACAGAUCCCUCCCGGAUGACGUUGACACGCGGGCGGCCAUACUCUCGUACCAUAAGUCCGUCGCUCUGUUCCCCAGCGCACCGGGUGACCAGUCGGCGCACUCCCCCCGCGGUGGCGGAGACGGUGGCGGUGGCGACGGCGGCGAGAGCGUGUACGAACGUAGGGCCGACCCGAAGAACGGCACUCGCUACCACUGCGUCAUUGAGCGCCUGGCGCAGAUGUCGUCAUGUUUAUCGGCAUGGCGGAAAACCCCCAAGGAGGAACUGAAUCCGACGCGAAACGCGGUAGACCCCGCCAGGUUCAUCUCCAUUGGCGGGGUAAACGACGUCACCGCGCAUUGCUCCGACGAAGAGGUAUGCAAAUGAUGCACAUGUUUAAAAAAGCGUGUUGAGGCUUCAGUCAGUGCUGUCCACGACGAUUGCGUUGGUUACGAGUGUCACUCCGUGGACACCGCAACCGGCGGCGACGCUGUAGCAGUAGCAGCGGCGACGGCAGGGGGAGUUACAGUCUUGGCAUGGCAGCAAAGCAGCGGCCACCCCAUAGACACCCUCGAUGCGCUUGCUGCUGCGAGGUGUACCUGGUGUGUAGAAUUUGGUGUGCGGUAUGUUCUUCGAGGACGAACCACAGUUUUGAUGCCGAUAAGGAGCGGGUAGACGCAAUGCCACAAGGUAAUCGCCACAGUAUGACAUCGCAUCAUCACGAUCGACAGCAACCGUGCCUUGUCGCGACGAAGGAGCAGCUACGUUGCAAGUGUGACGAUAUGAGGGAGAGCCUGGUGGAACAGCAACUGUAUCGCGGGGGCGAAGCAAGACACGAUGCAGCUCGCCCUCUCUCUCUCUCUCUCUCACUCUCUUUCCUUCUCUUCCCCUCUUCCGCUCUUCCUCUCUUCCUCUAUCCAUCUCCUUGUUUCUCUUCUCUCACUCUCUUUCCUUCUCUUCCUCUCUUCCGCUCUUCCUCUCUUCCUCUAUCCAUCUCCUUGUUUCUCUUCUCUCUUCCCUUUCUCCCUCUCUUCCUCUCUCCAUAUCUCCAUAUCUAUCUCUCUACUGCUCCCCUUCUCACUCCCCUUUUCCUCACCUAUCCGAUCAAAUCCCUUCGCUCGACUCGCCCUGGCGAAACACGAGCGACCAUCCGAUCGCCCACCCAGCAGAGCACGUUUGUACCGCAACAACAUAACCACAAGCGCUGACACCCUCUCCACGACGAGAUUAACGGCUUGAUACAAUGUUGAGCCCCGAGAACGAGCUGCUACACACAGUAGGGAUGCUGCGCCUUCUUUUGCAGGUGCUCUCGAUCUGGAGGAUGGAUCCUUGCCAAGGCCAUUUCUUGGCGGCGGCAUGUCGGGGGACCCCGCGGAAAGGAAUAUUGUGAUGUUGUUCGGCUAUAAUAUUUAUUUGCGUUUGUUUUUC